AUGACUGAGGAUUUAAAAGAAACUCAUAUUGAAGAUAAGCCUGUCGAAGAGCCUGUCGAAGAAGUAACCGAGGAAGCAGCCAAAAAGAAAAAGAAAAAUAGAAAGAAGAAGAAGAAGAGUGAACCCAAAACUCAAACUGAGCCUCCUACAGUCCCUGUCUCUAAAAUAUAUACAAACAAAAUUUAUCCUGUUGGUGAAGUUCAUGACUAUAUUAAUGAAAACACUUUCAGAACAACAAGUGAAGAAAAGCGAGCUGCAGAACGAAUGAAUGAAAAUGACUAUAAUGACCUUCGUAGAGCAGCUGAAGUGCAUCGUCAAGUCCGUGCUUAUGCUCAAAAGACCAUCAAACCUGGCAUGUCCUUGACCGAGAUUGCUGAAAUGAUCGAAAACGGAACUCGUGCUCUUGUUGAAGAGAACGGUUUAGAAGCAGGUAUCGGUUUCCCUACUGGUCUCUCUAUUAAUCAUUGCGCAGCUCAUUUUACUCCUAACGCUGGUGAUAAAACCGUCUUACAAUACGACGAUGUUAUGAAAGUAGAUUUUGGCGUUCACGUCAAUGGUAGAAUUAUUGACUCCGCUUUUACAAUGAAUUUUAAUCCCAAGUUUGACAAGCUUGUUGAAGCUGCUCGUGAAGCCACCUAUGCUGGUAUUAAAGAAGCUGGUAUUGAUGUUAGAUUAUGUGAUAUUGGUGCAGCUGUCCAUGAAGUCUAUGAUUCUUAUGAAAUCGAAUUGGAUGGCAAAACUUAUGAUAUCAAGCCUAUUCGUAAUUUGAAUGGUCAUACAAUUGAACCUUAUCGUAUUCAUGCUGGUAAAUCUGUACCUAUCAUUAGAGACUCUGGUGAUGAAACUAAGCUUGAAGAAGGUGAACAAAUUGCUAUUGAAACAUUCUGUUCUACAGGCCGUGGUUAUGUUAUUGAAGAUGGCGAAUGUUCUCAUUAUGCUAGAAAUCAAGACGCUGGAUAUGUUCCUUUACGUUUAGCUAGAGCCAAGAAUUUAUUAACAACAAUUAACAAACACUUUGGCACUUUACCUUUCUGUAGACGUUAUCUUGAUCGUAUUGGAGAAGAGAAAUAUUUAAUGGGGUUAAGAAAUUUAGUAGAUGCAGGCGUUGUUACUGCUUAUCCUCCGCUUGUUGAUACAAAGGGUAGCUAUACCGCUCAAUUAGAGCACACUAUCUUAUUAAGACCUACUUGUAAAGAAAUUGUUUCUAAAGGUGAUGAUUACUAA